AUGGAGCCCAUCACACGGAAGCCCGAGCUUCCUUUGGUGAACAAUGUCGAGCCUCGCAUCCAAUCCUCCGAGUCCCCCGCUCGUUCUCUCCUACGUCCUACCGGUGCCGAUGAAAUGCACGACCUUCUCUGUGUGGGUUUCGGCCCGGCAUCUCUCGCAAUUGGCAUUGCGCUGCACGAUGCCAUGGACCCCUCUUUAAGCAACAAGUCUAAAGGUUCAAACUUCAAGCCUAAGGUUACUUUCCUGGAGCGUCAGAAGCAAUUCGCCUGGCACUCGGGUAUGUUGGUUCCUGGCUCGCGCAUGCAGAUCUCCUUCAUUAAGGAUCUGGCUACUCUCCGCGAUCCUCGCAGCAGCUUCACCUUCCUUAACUACUUGCACAACAAGGAUCGCCUGAUCCACUUCACCAACUUGGGAACUUUCCUGCCUGCGCGCAUGGAAUUUGAGGACUACAUGCGCUGGUGCGCUAAGCGAUUUGAGAACGUUGUCUCCUACGGUGAGGAGGUCAUCGAGGUUGUCCCUGGUAAGACUACCAAUGGAGUCGUGGAAUACUUUGUCGUUCGUUCCCGCAACACCGAGACUGGCGAGAUCUCUGCUCGUAGAGCUCGGAAGGUCGUGGUGGCUCUUGGUGGAAAGGCUAAGAUGCCUCCUGGUUUCCCUCAGGACACUCGCAUUAUGCAUUCGUCUAAAUACUGCACCACUCUUCCCUCUGUUCUGAAGAAUGAGUCUGCCAACUACAAGAUUGCUGUGGUGGGUAGUGGACAAAGUGCCGCUGAGAUCUUCCACGACUUGCAACGCCGAUACCCCAACUCUAACACAACUUUGAUCCUGCGCGAUACUGCCUUGCGACCCAGUGAUGACUCUCCAUUUGUCAACGAAAUCUUCAACCCUGAGCGCGUGGACAAGUUCUUCAAACUCCCAACUGAAGAGCGCCAAAAGCGCAUUGCGAUCGAAAAAGCAACCAACUACUCCGUCGUCCGAUUGGAAUUGAUCGAAGAAAUCUACAACACUAUGUACCUUCAGCGCAUGCAGAACCCAGACGAGAAGCAAUGGCAGCACCGUAUCCUAUCGGAGCGCGCGAUUGGACGCAUUGAGCACCACAACCCCGCCUCCCGCAUGCGCGUGCAUGUGAAAUCAAUUAAGGGGGAUAACAGCGAUGCCAACGAGAUUCUGGAGGUCGAUGCCUUGAUGGUUGCUACAGGAUACCUCCGUGACGCACAUGAGCAAUUACUGGAGCAAGUGCGUGGCUUACGGCCUGCCGGUCAGGCUGUCUGGACUCCUGGUCGCGAUUAUCGUGUUCAGAUGGAUGAUAGCAAGGUGAGCCGUCAUGCUGGUAUCUGGCUACAGGGUUGUAAUGAGAAGACCCACGGUCUCAGUGAUAGUCUGCUGUCCAUCCUGGCGGUGCGCGGUGGAGAGAUCGUCGACUCAGUGUUUGGGGAGCAGCUGUCGGGAGCCUCGGUGCAGGACACUCGCUUGCGCGCGAUGCUGUAA